UGACCUGCAGCUAAAAGUUUGGACCUUUUUAUGGUCCUAAUGCUAGGUUUCAAGUAAAUAUGGAUGGAAGACGUAACUAGACUUUUUCUAUCCAGUUACAUUUCAAAUCUGAUCUCUAUAAAUCAGUAACCUAGCAGUUAUCCGCAAACCUCACCCUCUCCAAGGAGCAGUUAUAAAAAAAAAAUUAAAAAAAAGGAAAAUCUCUUCCUGAGGACGACUUUGUCACGAUAUCUUGGCUGACUUUUUGGAAGUUUUCAGGCUGCCAUUGGAAAAUGAACAGAAAAUCUCUUCCUGAGAAAAACUUGUGCUGUCCUGUAUGCCAUGACAUCUUCACCGACCCUGUUGUCCUGUCCUGUUCCCACAGCAUUUGUAAAACCUGUCUGUUCAAGACCGGAUCAGUCAAAGAUUCACUAUUUUGUCCUGUCUGCGGAAGAAGAUCUUCUAAAAACAAUCCACCAAUAAACCGUGCCUUGAGGAACGUAUGUGAGGCUUUUUCACGGGAGCCAGAUAAAGAAUCGUUCUUUGGACAUAAUGAAUUCUGCAGUCAACACAAUGAGAAGCUUGAGCUCUUCUGUCUGACCGAUGAGGAACCCGUCUGCCUGGUGUGUCAGAUGUCAAAAAAACACACAAAGCACAGUUUCUGUUCUAUAGAUGAAGCUUCAAAAUAUCGAAAGGAGGAACUUAAUUCUGAGAUUGAGCCAUUGAAACAGAAACUGGGUGACUAUGAAGGGGUCAAGCAAACUUUGACUGAUAUACUAGAGCACAUAAAGAAGCAAACCAAAAUUACAGAGAGAAUUAUAAAGCAGGAAGUUAAUAUGCUCUGUGAAUUUCUACGUGCUGAAGAAGUGAAGAGAAUAGCUGUUCUGCAGGAAGAAGAGAAGCAGAAGUGUGAAAAUGUAAAGAUUAAAAUUGGAGAGAUCAGCCAAAAAAUCUGUGACAUCACUGAUGUCAUAAGCGCCAUAAAGAGAACCACACAGGACGAUGAUAUUACAUUUCUCAAGAAUUUCAAGUUUUCAGUGCAAAGAACUCAAGGUGUAAAGCAAGAUCCAGAGAGUGCUUCUUAUGCCCUGAUCAAUGUGUCUAAGCAUCUGGGGAAUCUAAACUUCAAAUUAUGGUCCAUAAUGAAGAAGAUUAUACAAUUGUAUCCUGUGACUCUCAAUCCUAAUACUGCGCAUGGCAAUCUGUUCCUGUCUGAGAACCUGACCAGUUUUGGAUAUCAGCACAAUUCUCAAGAAGAUGAAGAGCAUCCAAAUAAGUGUCCUGCAAAUCCAUUUACCAACUCCCCUCGAGUUUUGGGCUCAUCAGGCUUUGACUCAGGAACACACUGCUGGGAGGUUGAGGUUGGAGAUGAUGCAACCUGGUCUGUAGGUGUGAUGACUGAAUCUGUUCUGGAGAAGUCACCUGAAGAGACAGAGAAUGGUAUCUGGGAGCUGAUCUGUUACGGCAUUGUCUGUGAAGCCAGGGCACCAGAUGCAGAGCCUGAAAGCCUCACAUUUAGUCCACCACCCGAGAGGAUCAGAUUGCAGCUGAACUACGAGACUGGAAUUGUGCACUUGUCUAAUCCAGAGUAUGGCACAUCUCUAUACACCUUCAAGCACAAAUUUACUGAGAGGCUGUUUCCGUGUUUCUCUUCCACACUCAAAAUCUUACCUAUCAAUGUGUCUAUUAGAAUUAAACAGAACAUAUUACCAGCAGCUGAACAUAUGUCCACUGAACUGUUGUAUGGCAUAGUUACAGAAGUAAUCAAUGAACCCAUCUAUGAGGAGAUAUUAUCAGAUCUUCAAAGACCUAGAAGCUAGAUAUGGUUAAAUGUCCUUUACAAAUUUCAUAUUAUAUUAUUUAAAGCAAAAUUACAAAUUACGAGAUCCAGAUGCAGAAAAAGCACCACAAUCCUCCUUAGACCUCUGAUUACAUGGAUAGCCAAUGAAUGUGGGAUUCUGAAUGAGAUUUGAAAGAGGACACAAUAACGAGCCCAGACUUUUUGAUCAUUGAAUAUUAUGUAUGCAGCAUGAAUUUGUGUGUAUGUGAAUGAGAAAGAAAACAUUUAUCAGUGCUCAAAGUGUAAAAACAGUGUCAGUACUCACCUUGUUUAAAUAUAUUGUACAUAAUAAUAAUAAUUGCAUUAUUACUCAACAUACGGUUAGGCUUAGGGGUAGAGUUAAUAAAAUAUGCAUUCCUCUUCACUGUAACAUGAUUUACAAUUAAGUACAACUUGAUUUCAGUGUUGGGUGUAAUCUGAUUACAAAGUAAUUAGAUACUGUAAUUUAAUUACUUUUUGUAAAAAAAAAAAAGUAGUGUAACAAAUUACAUUUUAGAUUCAAUUCAUUAAAUUAGUUUUAAGCACUUUACUAGGGAUACACAUAUUUCUAUAUUAUUUAUGUAAAGUCAGGGUUGGGAGGGUUACUUUUGAAUGUAUUCCACUACAGAUUACGGAAUACAUGCUGUAAAAUGUCAUUUGUAAAGUAUUCCAUUAGAUUACUCAAGGUCAGUAACGUAUUCUAAAUACUUUGGAUUACUUCUUCAGCACUGGUAGAUUUUUUCACUUGUUUUGACUAUAAAAACUCUGCCAGUACAGUAAGACAAAUACACAUGUUAAAAAUACAUUCUCUGAAAAACCUAAAUAUCUUAUGCAGUGUUGCUUCUAAAACAAGAUACAUCAAAUUAAUCUUGUUUUAAGGAUUUUUUUAUAUUUGUACAGAAAAACAAUACAAAAAUUCUAAUCAAGAACAAGGUUUUUGCUCUAAUAUCAAUUAGAAAAAAAAUAUGAUCUAAUGUGCAUUUUCUUGAUAAAAAUAUGAUCGUGCAUGGUAACAUGUGCAUGUAAAAUGGCCAGAUAUAGCAUUUUAGCUUAGCAUAAAGCUAAAUGUUCACAUGACAAUUAUUUGAGAAUCAACAUCACAGAAACGGCCUCAAAGUUAUCACUAAAGCAAAAGGGCAUUUAUUUAAAAUUUUAAACAUAAUGCAAUUGGAUUACAUUGUGAAUAUGAAAUUAUGUGUAUUUGGGCAUUUUGAUGCAUUUGAUGGACAAAACCCUUUCAAACACCUAGCGACACAUUUCAAUAAUUUAAAUAAUAAUUAAAAUGUGUUGGUCAGGAGUUCAGUUAGGAAAGUUAAGAAAACAUGCAAAAAUACCUUCAAAUGCUUCUUUAAAUUUGAGGUUGAAUCCUUUGCAGUUGAGAGGAUAUUAACCAGGCUGAGGCAGAGUUUACAUUUCAUAGUGAUGUUUUUGCCCCAUGUGGCCUUAAAAGUGAAAUGAUCUCUGUACAUCCAGUGGUCAAAUGCUGAUUUAGACCUCUCCAUGUUCACCUGGCAAAUGACGAUUAUCAGGUCUAUGUGCAAUUUCACAACCCUCCCUCUCACCCUCUCUUCCGAAAACACUCGAAGAGUUACCAAAUGUAUAUCGAAGAUAGGCUGAUGUAGAGUGAAACAUUUUGAAGAUUUUAAAAAGAGAAAAUUAUGGUGGUCAAUAAAUUAUGAACAAUUUACUGCUGUUGCCUAAUUAACAUACAAUCCAUAAAAAAGGAAAGGUCGACUGAUUUCGAGUAUUUUAAAAUGUAAUUUUUUCCAAUUACAAGUACUUUAUUUUGUAAUCUGAUCAUGUAAUCCAGAUUACAUGUAAUCCAUUACUAUCCAGCACUGCUAAUUAUAAUAUAUUUUACACUGUGUAAAGGGUUUCAGUUGGUCUUUCACAUGGAACUGCUCUUCAUAUUUAGCAGCUACUGUAUGUAUACAUUUUCUAUAAGCAUAUUUGAUAGAUAGUUUGAUAGUUGUUUUGAUCAUCAACUCCAAAAGCAUUCUAGAGAUGUUUUAAUGAUAGUAAAAUAUUCCUGAUCUUUUCUUUUUUCCGCUCUCUUUUUCUGCUGCCCAUGUUUGUGCCAUCAGCCAAACAGAGCUUUGCUCACACCUGACAGAUGACAAACCCCAGCUCAGAGGCUGACACUGCAAUCAAAGUUCUGUCACACCUGUCAAUAUCCUGCUGUCAUAGCAACACUUCUUGUUAAUGAUGAUGUGAGAGACGGUGGUGGUGGGUUUAGGUCUAACUUUGAAUAAACAGUCACCCCCACCUCCAGCUAAAACAUGUCCAUAAUUAAUUUAUAGGACUUUCCCUUAUUUAGAAUUACCCAAUGAAAUGCACAUUCAGCUGUUAUACAUUUAUGUGUAUUCAUAGUUUGCUGACAGUGCAGAGGCUACUGAGCUUCAUUUGUAACUAUCACUAAAAACAUGUUUACAACUGUUGGAAUGAGGCAGUUUUAAAUAUCCUGGCAAUAUUUCAAAGCCUAGCAUCACCUUCAGAUUAAGGCAGAUUCUGAUGUCUGCAAGCUCACAUUAAUCUACCAGAGUGUCACAAAGGGUUUUGAAACAGUUAGAAUCAGUCAAUGUUAAUGAUAUCUGCAUUUCACAUUUCCUCUGCACUGGAUUAUUAAUCAUUAUCUGUGAUAUUUGUUGUCAAAUUUGGAUAAAAACUCAACCCUCCAAAGAGUUUCCAUUUCAACUAUCUGUUUGCCAAAGUCCAGUAAAUGGAAACUCAUCUCCUGUGCAUUAACAUGAAGUGGAAUCGGAAGAGACAAGCUCGUCCUUGACAAAUACACCUGUCACAGGGUCAAGUCAGAUCACAUUGGCAGAGUCAAGCAUGUUGGUUCUUGUGUUUGUGUGUUUAUUUCAAGAUACCUUUGGUGGAGUAAUAACAAGCUGACCUGUAAAGCAACAAAGAACUAAAUAAUUAAAAUGUAUGUUGAACACUACACCAAAUAUAAUAAAUAGAAAUGUAUU